AUAUAGAGGUCCGGAAAGAACUAGGACCUUAUUCUCUUGUAGAGUUGCAUGAAUCAAUCAACAAUGGCUUCCCAAGAGUCACAGACCAUCAGCCUGAAGGUUCUAAUGGACAAGGAGAACAACAAAGUAGUAAUGGUAGAAGCUGACAGUGACUUUGUGGACAUUCUUUUCAGCUUCUUGACUAUGCCCAUGGGAACCAUAGUUAGACUCAUCAGCAACCAACCAGAGCCAGACAUUAUUGGGUCCAUUACCACUCUAUACAAACAGGUGGAGAAACUUCAGGAGCAGUUUCUGCAGACUCCGGAUUUCAAGUCCAUGCUACUUGAUCCAAGGAAUAAUCGUUCUGAAACUCAGUGCAGGAGACUGGAACUGAAUAUUAAUGAUACAAAGCCCAAGUACUAUAUUUGUUCUAAUUGGAAUUCCUGCAGACGGAGCUAUAACAGCCAGUAUAGUACUUGCAAGAAUGUCAGAUGCAAUUGCGGGAAUAUGAUGGACAAGGAAAUAUGCUUUGAAAUAGAAGAUGGGGGAGUGUUUGUUUGUGGAAUGACUAAGUUCAUGGUAACCGAUGAUUUGCAGGUAGAGCCCAUGUCUCCAGCUACUUCCUUGACACUGUUACACAAACUUGGGAUCAAAGACAUGAGUUCGCUCCAAGAAACAACACUGAGUAUUGGCUCAGAGGAGAUCCUGAAUCUGCUCAAGGGAUCGAUAUUUUCUAAAACACCUCUGACAGAUGUGUUUCUUAGAAAACAAGGAUUUACAUCUGAAGCCCUAAAAUUUGAGAUAAGAGAUGCAGUGCCGUCUAAAAGUGAAGGAUCUCCACUAAAUAUGACUAUGAAGUUAACAGUAAGUAAGUCAAUGAACAGAGCAUUAUAUGCUGAAGCUGGGAAGACAUGGUUAACUUUCUCCUCAGCUUCCUUACCUUGCCUCUUGGAUCCAUAUUACAACUCUUCGAUGGAAAUUCAUCACUGGGAUCCAUGGACAAUCUGUACAAGAGUGUGAAAUGUUCAAAAGUUAUGAGGGAUGAUAGUAUAAAGGACCUGCUGCUGCACCCUGGCCUGUGCCGUGGUUCCUACAACCCAUUAGGAGUAAAUGAAACUGAUCAGCUGCCUAAUUCCUUAUGGUGUACAAGUUAUGAAAAUACACAAAAUAAAGAUGAUAACCCUUACACUGUCUACCUGACUACUAAGCAGCAAUCUAAUCGUGGUCGUACAAAUGAAUAUUGUUGUCAAUUACGUUAUAAGUUUCCAACAACUGAAACAGAAGGUCAAGGAGGAUUUACAGCAGAUCAAAGAGGAUUUCUAAAGGGACCGGCAACUUUCAUGGUAACAGACAAUUUGGUUUUCACUCCACUAGUCUCUAUGUGGACUCUCUCCUUUCUUAAAAGCAUGAAGGUUCCUCUAGAUGACUUGGAGACUCGUAUGGUUAGCGUGGACAGGGAGCAGGCUUUGAGGCUACUGAAGGUUUCUCUCUUCUCCAAAUCGGUAUUUACUGAUGCCUUAUUGGUCAACUUUGGCCUAAAAAGUCCCAAGCAAGAAAAGUAAAUCUUAAGGACAUCAUGGGAUUUAAAAUAGCCUAGGGUUCAGUGACCUUAAAUUGUAAGGGUUGUUUGAUUUAAUGACUUCCUCAUUAGACAUUUGACUUGCAUUUGUUCCUCUUAUAGAACAACAUACUAGUCUAUAGCAAUUCUUAUUUUGAAUUUA